AUGCACAUUUUUUUUUUUACGUACCUUUUAAACAUUUUCUCUUCUCCCUACAUUUUUCACCUGUACACACAACCUUUCACUCUUAUCUAUGUAGUGAUCAAUCGAUCAAGCAGUAUAUAUUCUUUUCUUAUCUAUGUCAAAAUCAACUCGGCUACAUAUACAUUAUCUAUUAAUUUCUUCAUCUCCACUCAAGUUUGGCUUGCAUCUAUCUAUCUAUCUAUCUAUCUAUCUAUCUAUCUACUUAUACACUACGAAAUGGAUAAAAUUCUUUCUAAAAUUUUCAUCUUUCUAUCUAAUAUCUUAUCUAUUUGUCUAUCUAUUACUAUAUCUAUCUUGGUUUCUUAUUAUUUAUCUUUCUUUCUUUCUUUCUAUCUAUCUUGUCCCUUCUUUUAUCUAUCUUGGUUCUUUCUAUCUAUCUUGUCUUUUCUUCUUCUCUCUAUCUUUUUAUAUAUCUCAUAUCUAUCUAUCUUUUGUCCCUUUCAUGUCUAUCUAUUUGGUUUAUCUAUCUAUCUAUCUGUCUAUUUAUGUCUUCUGUCUGUCUAUCUUGGUCUCUUCUAUGUUAUAUAUAUAUUUUCAUAUAUAUUCAUAUCUAUCUAUCUUGCCUUCUUCUUUCUAUCUAUCUGUAUCUUGGUCUCUUCAUGUCUAUCUCUCUAUCCUUUUAUCUAUCUAUCUAACUUUCAUUCUCUUCUAUGUCUUCAUGUCAUGUCUAUCUGUCUAUCUUUGUCCAAUCAAUAUAUCUGUCUAUCUUGGUCUCUUUUUUGGCUUAUCUAUCUUUUUCCUUCAUAUCUAUCUAUCUUGGUCUCUUCGAUGUCUAUCUGUGUCUUUUGUCCCUUCAUAUCUGUCUAUCUUGUUAUACAAAAUCUAUCUAUCUAUCUAUCUAUCUUCUAUCUUUCAUAUCUAUCUAUCUUAGGAUCUUCUGUCUAUCUAUCUAUCUAUCUAUCUAUCUCUCUAUCUUGGUCUCUAUCUUGUUUUUCUUUCUUUUUUUCUAUUCAUAUCUAUCUAUCUUGGUCUCUAUCUUGUCUUUCUAUUCUUUUUCCUCUCAUCCUGUCUAUCUUGGUCUCUCUAUCUAUCUAUCUUUGUCUAUCUAUCUGUCUAUCUUGGUCUAUUUUUUAUCUAUCUUGUCUUUUUUGUCUAUUCAUAUCUAUCUUAUCUUUCUUUUCUAUCUUGUCUAUCUGUCUAUCUUAUUCCCUAUCUAUCUAUCUCUUCUUUUCUUUCUUGUCUAUCUAUCUUUCUUUCUUCUAUCUAUCUAUCUUCUAUCUUCAUGUCUAUCUAUCUUGGUCUCUUUCUAUCUAUCUUGUCUUUCUUGUCUAUCUUAUCUUGAGUCUCUCUAUGUCUAUCUAUGUCUUAUUGUCUAUCUUAUCUGUCUAUCUUGGUCUAUUCUUGUCUCUAUCUUCUGUCUUUUGUCCAUUCAUAUCUAUCUAUCUUGGUCUUUCUAUCUAUCUAUCUUGGUCUAAAAUAUCUUCUCUAUCUUGGUCUCUUCAUGUCUAUCUAUCUAUCUAUCUUCUAUCUAUCUAUCUAUCUUGUCCUUCAUAUCUAUAUCUAUCUAUCUAUCUAUCUAUCUAUCUAUCUAUUUAUCUUUAUCUUCUCUAUUUUUGUCCCUUCUCAUCUAUCUAUCUUGUCUAUCUAUCUAUCUAUCUAUCUUUCUUUCUUCUAUCUUGUCUAUCUCUCUUUCAUCUAUCUUUCUUUUUUGUCCUUCUAUCUUUCUUGUUCUAUCUUCCUAUCUAUCUAUCUCUCUUUCUUCUAUGUUCUCUUGUCUCUUUUGUCUCUUCAUAUCUCUCUAUUAUCUUGUCUCUUCUAUCUAUCUAUCUAUCUUGGUCUCUUCAUAUCUAUCUAUCUAUCUUCUUGUCUUUUUGUCUAUCUAUCUAUUUUUCUAUCUUUUCUAUCUUUCUAUCUAUCUAUCUAUCUAUCUUCUCUCUUCUAUCUGUUCUGUUUUUUUCUAUUCUUGUCUUUUCUAUCUAUCUUUCUUUCUGUCUAUCUAUCUAUCUUUCUAUCCUUCAUAUCUAUCUAUCUUGGUCUCUUCUUUCUGUUAUCUUAAAGGAGCUGUCCCUUCAUAUCUGUCUAUCUUCUUUCUUCAUGUCUAUCUUGUCUUUCCCUUUAAUCUAUCUAUCUCUCUAUCUAUCUAUCUCAUAUCUAUCUAUCUAUCUUUUUUCCCUUCCUUUCUGUCUAUCUUGUCUAUCUUGUCUAUCUAUCUAUCUAUCUAUCUAUUUUCUAUCUAUCUUGUCUAUCUAUCUAUCUUUUUGUCUCAUGUUUAUCUAUCUAUCUUGUAUAUAUCUUCUAUCUAUCUAUCUAUCUUAUCUAUCUAUAUCUAUCUUUCUUCUUCUAUCUAUCUCUUCUUCUUCUACUCUAUCUCAUCUAUCUAUCUUGGUCUUUCUUUCAUUCUUUAUCUUUCUUUCUUUUGUAUCUUUCUAUCUUUCUUUCUAUCUUUCUAUCUAUCUAUCUUGUUUUGGUUCUUCAUAUCUAUCUUCUUCUUGUCUUCUAUCUAUCUAUCUAUCUUGUCUAU